CAGGUUGCAUGCUGCUUACACUGUCAGCAAUCUGUGAUUCGCCUCCAGUGACUGCCUUUUCCUUUCAGAAGGGCAGUAACUUCAGCCAAGUGUGUGCACAAGUGGUCAUCAGUCCAACAAAUUAAAUUUCUGUGAUCAAGAUUCCAUAUGGUACUGAAGGGCCACUCUCUCAAAGUGAGUCCCUCUAUUGUGAAGGAUCACAAUCUCAAGGUAAUUUGCUACAUGGUGAAGGAUCAAUGUCUCAAGGUGAUACCGUCCACAGCAAAGUAUUCGCUCCUCAAGAUGAUAUUCUCCAUGGUGACGGAUCAAUACCGAAGGAUGUUGAAGAAUUCGUAUCUCAGGGUGAUGCCCUUAAUGGUGACAAAUCAAUACCUAAAGAUGCUGAAGAAUCUGUAUCUCAGGGUGAUGCCAUCAAUGGCGGACAACCUGUAACCCAGGAUUAUGUUGACAUAGGUUUAGUGACCCAAAAUGUUCUCAAUUCUCUUUCCAAGGCAUCCUCCGCUCCACAGUGCACGCUCACUCUUUGGGAAGUUUUGGGAAAGCAAUUUCAAGAUUACAAGCAAUCCUGUCCUUUUUUAAUGAUACCACAGCAAAGAAAAUUUUUAUUUGAUCUCCUCCCGCUCUUUCUUCAGGCAUAUGAGCAGACAGCAAGUGUUCUGUCGCUUCCUGAUAUAAGACUCAUGGCCAGUGACCUGGGUACACUACUUGCCGUGGAAAUGAGAAAAAGAAUCUCAAAUAAGCCAGCAGGUGCGGCACGAAUCUCUCUCACAAACUUCUUAAAAGGGGCAGAAGAAGGGAUGUCUGGGUUUUUACUUCUGAAAUCAGUUUACAUCUUGACGCAAACUGACCAGGAGCUCCUGUCCUGUCUGACCAGGACCGGCCUUCCAGAUGUUUUCCUGCAAAGCCUCUACCUUUUUCUAGCCUUCCCUUCAGGAAAAGGAGAAAUAAAAGAUAACAAGGAGGAGCUUGACAACCUGGUACAAGACCUCUUUUUGCAGACAAUGCUGAAUUUGUGCAAGCAGGUGCAGGGUGUAGAGGAACUCACCAGAUCGUCAGACUUUGAUUGUCUGCUCAAAGCUGCUGCAUCCGGCUGGGACAGAUGUGACAUAGACUGGACAUCUGCUGUUGAGAAGGUGCUAAAAGACGUAUCCAAGACACUUUCACCUGGAGUUGUGCAUCAUUUGCAGACUUCCCGUUGUAUUCACAGAUUUCUACAGACUUUGUCCCAACAAUUUAAUGCACUUCCACCAUUUGUCUUAUGCCAGGUCACCAAUAUACUUUUAUCUUUCCUGUUACAUUCAUACUCUAUCUCCCCAUCUCUGCUUCAAGACUUUGAAAACAGUCAAGGAUACCCCCUGUUGCUGAAAAUCUUACGAAGGUGUGAGGAUGAUACCAUGGCAACAGACGGAAGAGAGCAGCAUCUUGACGAGAUGAUUUCAUUACUGUCCUCCCUUGUGGUUUGUGGAAAAUCAGAAGUGAAAGUUUCAGGACAAGUUUCUCACCCCCAGCUACCUGGCUUCAGUUUAGGGAGGACUACAGCUUCAGGUAGGACAGUGAAGAACCUGCAGGCCUUCCAAGUGAUGCAGAAUGCUUUUCAAAACAGCACAAAUUCACGUCUCUGUUGCAAGAUCCUUACAGCAAUGCAAUCUAUAUGGGCUCUGGAGCACUGUAACUUUUUCCUGCUAGAGUGGAGUUUGCAGCCCAUCUCCCAGUUUGUUGAGAUCCUUCCACUUAAACCUCCACCAGUGCAUCUACAGUUCUUCCAACUAAUUCAGUUUGUGAUUUCUGAUUUGUCCUUUAUCCCUCAUCAAACCUUACACAAGAUACAGGAAAUGAUCAAACAAAACCAGUGUCCCACAUGCACAUUGGGGGCUUUGAGACUAAUGCAGAACAUCAUUCCUCUUAACUCCCUCUUCAGUGACCUCUUCAGAGAUUCAGGACUCUUGGGUAUGUUGCUGACCCAACUGAGGAAUCAUGCCAAGAUCCUGAGAAGGGCAGCUGGGAGUACGCCCCCUACAUUAGAUGGCGACUGUGAGCGAGAAUUGACUAUAGGCAGACUGCAGACAGUAUGCGCCCUUCUUCAUGCAUCUGUCAGAAACGUGGUCAUCAUAAAGGACUAUGGAAUGAUCCCAUAUAUUAAGAUCUUCCUAGAUGACAUGGGAUUUCGCAGAGGAGCACUGUGCAUUAUGGAACACCUGUUGGACAUUGACCCUGAUGAGUAUAUGAGCACAGUUAUGGGGGCCCUGUGUUCUUCCACUCAGUCUGAGGUGACCCUGAAAUUGGAUCUGCUACAGUCUCUUCAGAGCAUGCUGAGGUCUCAUAGAGAAAAAACCUGCUUCCGUAAUGCAGCUGGAUUUGAUGUUCUUCUGUCCCUUUUCUCAGAUAUGGAAGGUUCUCUGCGGCAUCCACCAAUAGCUUGCUGGGCAGAUGUUCAGCCAGGUCAUAUCCUCAGGCUAAUCCAUGCAACACUGAGUGCCAUGGCCGCUGCUCUCAGCCUAGACAUCACAAACCAACUCUUUGUGAAAAGUCAUGCUGUCUUUCAAAAGAUGGCUGAAGACUUGUUGCAUCUUGGGUGUUUUUUGCCUUCAGAUGCUAAGCAUGUACAAUGUGACAAGGCGCCACCAAGUACAAGAACUCUUAAUGAGUUGCUGAGAUGGAUUGUCAGUACCCAGUCAACUUGUUCUCAAUCUCUGAAAAGCUGCUCUAUAAUAUUUUGUCUCCUGCUGGGCAUGGCGACUCGCACCCUGAGCCAAGAUGGGUAUCAUCAUGGUAUAAAGGAAAUAAUAGUUGAGCUGCCUAUGAGAGAAUGUAAGGGGACCUAUGAGGUGCAUGAGGAGUCAGAAGAUGGACUGCAGGAAAUCAUUGAGGAUUUAUUUCCAAAAGGUCCUGCCAGGUGUCCAGAAGAUGAAAUUCUCACUAUAGAACCAGGAGCGCUGUGCGUUAUCAUCACUCUGGUUCAGAAUGUAUAUAGUGCUGAGGAUCCUAAGAUUUCCAAGGAGUUGCAGUGUGCGGUUGUUGAGCAUAUCGUCACUCUGAGUCGGAGUGAGAGGCAGCGCCAGUUAUUGUGCGAAUCCCAGCUUCUGAGCUGCAUUGUCAGGUUCUGUAAAGAAACUCUGAGAGAUCACAAGGACCCUCUGCGACUCCCCCUGGUCAGGCUCUUUGAGAAGUUGGCAUCUCAGGCAGUCCAUCCUGAUGUGCUGAGACAGUUCCUGUGUUCUGGGAUCACAUUGCAACACUGCUCUGAGAGGAAGGCAAAUGCAGAGUCUUCAGAGAGCCCCCAAAGUCUGCUUCUGGCUUCUUCUUCAAUCCUACACACAUCAGUGAGCCUGGUCUCCAUGACAUCCCCUCGGAGAUUCCAAAUGAACACAGAGUCCGUGUCACCGUCUUUCGUGGAGUUUGAUAUGUCAUCACAUGGAUAUGGGUGUCUAUUUCUUCCCACAAUUGCCACCGUUUUGGGCUCAAACGUUGAAGAAAAGCUGACAGGAGGCAUAGGAUCAGGGGGGCGUAACUUUCCUUUCCCAGGAGGCCUUACAUUCACGUGCUGGUUUAUGCUGAGCACAUUCUGCGUGUCUCCAGAGCCUCACCCUGUGCGCUUUGUAACCAUUGUUCGUCGGGUGUCUAGGAGUCCACAACACUAUGUGUGUUUCUCCAUCACUCUUAAUGCUGCAGAGCAUACUUUGUUGGUUUCCACAGAGGAACAAGAAUUCCAGCCACUUGAUAUGAUGGAAGUGGAGUUGUCUCCUUGUAGCUCUCCAAGCCCAACCUCCCAGGUGCGCCUUAACACAUCUGGGCACAUUGUGACUGGCCAGUGGCACCACCUGUCUGUAGUGCUAAAGGAAGUAAAAAAAUCCUGCAUGGUCAAAGCAUGGAUAGAUGGACAACUCCUGGGUUCAGCUGAGCAGAUACCUUAUAUCCAGCGCCUCCCUGGAGACUGCACCUCUGUGGAUCCCUUCUCUCUGGUUGAUAUUCACGCUUUCCUUGGCACACCGCGAAUAUGGCGUCAGCACAGCUCCCUUCUCUGGCGUGUUGGCCUCUCCCACCUGUUUGAGGAGGUGUUAUCUGAGGAGACACUGCUUCUGAUUCAGAGACUCGGACCCUCUUACUGUGGCAAUUACGGUGAUGGAACAAUUUCUCCUUUCCCAUCAGAAGAGAAAAUUGUCUUUGGAGUUACAGUCCUUAGCUCAUGUUUCAGCAAUGUCACUGAGAUUAGAGGAACGUACGGAGAUGUUGACGGGCGACACAUUGCAAAAGAGCUUGGGCUCUCAUCAAAGGACAAUUGCACACCCAUUUUCUUAGCCAAAAAUUUGGCAUGUCAUCUUUCAGGUGCAGCUCGAACCAUUGGCGCAGUGACUCUACAGAGCGAUGGGGUGCGCAUUUUUCAUUCUAGCCCAGCUGCUGAUACUCUCAACUUUAUUGGUGGUCCAGCGGUGAUGCUCAGCCUGGUAUCCAUGGCAACCGAUGACCAGGCUCUUUAUGCUGCUAUUAAAGCUUUGGUAUCGGUUCUCAGCAGCAGUCUUCUGGCAGAACAGCUUAUGCAACACAUUGAUGGAUAUCGGCUGUUUGCAUAUUUGCUCAGAAGAAAAUCCUACCUUAUAAACAGAAGAACAUUCCAGCUUUUGUUAACUAUUGCUGGAACAGCUGACCUUGGUGUGGGACCCACAAGGCCUCUGAACCUUGCUACUUUACAGCAUAUACUCUGUGACUUCCAGCUGUGGCUGGAAACCCCAGGAGAUUUGGAUUUGUCCUUAUUCGCUCACUUGGAAGAAUUUCUCAGAUGUCACAGAGACACUGAGAUUCCUCAGGAGGUGCAGCUGGUCCCGCGGCUUGUGUUGUUACUGAAUGAUCCGCGUGUGACACAAGAAAAGACCGUCCUCAUAUGUAACCUUAUCAGCCACUGUCUGGCCUAUUUCUUCAGUAAAAAUGACAUUGCCAGGCUUGGACUAUUCAUGGUAAGCACCUUGCCUGCCUCUGCAUUAGACGAGAAGCAACUGACUCCACAGGAAACCUGGUCUGAAGAUAAUGGUUCAGCCUCGGGACGAAUGAUCUGGAUUCGUAAUCAACUCCUGCAUGUUCUGAUCGAUUUGAUGUGUGCGCCCAACUCGUGUUUGCCUGAACAACAGCAAGUGGAAAUGUUGGUAACGCUUGGGACGGACUGGUUUCUGCUGUUCGUCCAUCCGUCCGUGCAUCCUACUAGCUUAGUUCUGGGCAUACGAUUGGUGGGACAUCUUCUCCAGAACCAGACACUUCUCAUACGCUUCAAGGAUGUGGUGAGGGCUGGCGCACUGGUGGAAAGCAACACAAGUGACGUACAUAUACUGAUGGAUAAUUUAAGAAGCCAACCAGUGAUAUCUGUCUGCAGUUUCCCACCCGUGUCUGGAUUCUCCGUUUUAUUGGAAACUAUCUGCCAUCUUACUCACAUGCCUCAAGUCUACAUCUUUCUGUCUACUUUGUUGUUGAGGUCAUUACAAGGAGAGGAAACUCUGGAGGGGGAUUUGAACAUUAAGCUUCAGGACUUGUUGCAGGGUCACAGCUCCAAACAGAUUCUGCAGGAUGGACUUUGCACAGAGGCUGCUUUGCUGUUGCUCACAUUGGUAAAAGCUGCAGUGUACCAGAAGGCAGAUAAACCAGGAGUGCUGAAACUUGCAGAUGGUGUUAUGCAGUUCCUAUGUUUGAUAUACCACAGCUAUCAACACGACCCCCUUUGGAUAAACACAGACUUUAUUCACUGUUUGGCCAGCCUUCUCUUUCAAACUGGAGCUCAGGAAUCAUGUAAAUCAAACGGUAAAACAACACAUACAGGGACUGAAGACCUACAGAGAGAAACAGAGCUGCACAUUCAGUCUGCCAUGAAACCAGUCCAGGAGUUACUGCACCUUAUCUUAAGGCAGAGCCUCACCCAGCUCUCUGCUGUCAAGCAAGGACACCCCUUGGAAUAUCUUCUUGAGGUGUUUCCAGCAGAUGACAGUAUAGAGCAAAAAAACCUGUUCCAGACAGAGAUCUUGCAGUGGACGAUGGAAAUGUUUCAUGCGAUUAGCCGCAAAAGGGAACAGCAAGGGAUCAGCGAGUCCUCUCCAGACACAGAGAUUUUGGAUGUGACGGCCAUUGGAAACUUGACAUACUUCAGCCAGAAGCUGUUGGACAGGCUGUACUGUGGUGUAUAUAUGGCUGAUCCUUGCGACAUUUUGCUCUUCUUCAUCAAACAGAUUACAGCUGUUACAUACACUGCGGCUCCUUGUAACAGGGAAAGCCUAUUCUCCAUGCUGUACGGCUGCCUGAAUCGUAGCAUCCUGCACUGCCUUUCCAGAUCCCGACAAACACUUCCUGGGAUUAUUUGUUUACUUAGGGUCCUCAACCUUCUUGUCACUCACUGGGACGUAAUCUUCACCACUUACAACUCCAGCCUAAGCUUUGUCACCUGCCUCAUGCACUGUCUGAUCCAGAUACAUUCAACAAGCUACCCGGAGGGUUUUGGUAUUAACACCAAGUCUCAGAGAAGCUCCUGGCAGCUGAUUUUUCUCUCCAAAAGUGAAGAAGAUGAGGAACCAAUAACAGAGGGGCCUGCUGUGCAAGAAGUAUAUGUCCAGGUCCUUAAAGUUGUGCAGACAGUAUGGGAGAACCUUAUGGUUCACAGACGGCAGGUCCUUGAAGAGCAUUACAAGAUGGACCUUUCCAUCAAUCAAGGUGAAAGACAGAUAUCUGAGGCCACCCCUCUUUGGGUAGAAACAACAUCAAAAGCCUGGCAGCAACACCUUGCUACAGAGAAAAAGCAUUUGAAGACUAAAGGGCGGCUGCAGACUGGAGCAGGACAUAGGAUCACUGCUGCUGUCAGGGGGCUGUAUGGAGGAAAUGAGCAGGAAGCUGAAUGCACUACACAGGAUACUGCAUCCUUGUUGGACAUGUGCAAGAGACAUGGACAGAACAUAUUUCAAUGCCUGUACAACGACCACCAGCAGAUGCAGCAGUGCAGAUUCAUGGCGGCUUGCAGGGAUUGGUCAGCCCUGGAGGAGGAGCUUAUUUCAGAAGCAGGAGUGUGGGGGCCAUUGUACACUACUAAAAAACAACGGUGGCAGUUAAGCCCUUAUGAGGGUCCUUGGCGCAUCAGGAAAAGGAUGCAACCAAUUCAAAGGAAGCUGGAGAUCAUGAAACCUGCAGGGGAGGGAGACGAUGCUUCUCUUCAAAGAGUUACGACCCAAGUGGGCUUCAUGAAACUAAAUACUGGCAGGGAUGAAGGAACAGAGUUAACAUUUUUCCCAACUCUGCUGGAAAGCAUACAAUGUACAAGUUCCUCAGAGGCGUGUCCAGAGAAGCUGAGUAUUUUGCAGGAGUUCCCCGAAGGAGAGAGGAUCUCCGGGAAGAUGUCCAUUGUUUUGGUAGAGGGUCAUAUGAUCUCUGAAGGUGUUCUCCUCUUUGGAAGAAAUAAUUUCUAUUUGUGUUCUGACUACACUUUGUCUACUUUUGGGGAAGUUCUCUGCAGCAAGCAUGGACUGUCAAGCAUACAGGACAGUUUUAUUUAUGAUUUAUGCCACAAGUCAUCUGAGAACAUCCAAGAAGCAAAAGAGGUUGAGAAGCCCACAGAUGGGGACUCUCCUUCAUCCCCCGGGAGAGUAACGGAGUCUGCUAUUCCACUGGCAGAACGUUUCGCCUACGAAGAGGUGCUGAAACUGCAGCCCAUGCGCUUCCUUAUGCAGGAAAAUGCCCUGGAAAUAUUUUUCACAAAUACCAUUUCCAAGUUUGUCGUCUUUCCUAAUAAAGAUGUGAGCACUGCAGUAAAAUGGUUUCACUCUCUGAUGCCGUGUACAAAAAUUAAGACAACAGGAGAGGAUUCUCAGCAUAUGAGGAGCUUUGCCGGCGAGAAGGCGAUGCUACAGAAAUGGCAGAGACGUGAAGUGGGAAACUAUGAAUACCUGAUGUUCCUGAAUAGCCUUUCUGGACGUACAAUUAAAGACCUUAUGCAAUAUCCGGUUUUGCCGUGGGUGCUACGAGAUUAUGUUUCCCAGACACUAGACCUUUCAAACCCAAAAGUUUUCCGAGAUCUUUCCAAGCCAAUGGGAGCACAGACCAAGGAACGCAGACAGAAAUUCAUCCAACGAUACCAGGAGGUGGAGAAAAGUGAGGGUGACCUCUCGGAGCAGUGUCAUUACUGCACUCAUUACUCCUCAGCUAGUAUUGUAUCAUCUUAUUUAGUGCGUGUAGAACCAUUCACAAAAGCUAUGCGGUGCUUGCAGGGAGGAUCGCUGGACCUGGCAGACCGAAUGUUUCACAGUGUAAAAGGAGCCUGGGAAUCUGCAUCCAGGGACAACAUGAGUGACGUGCGAGAACUGAUUCCAGAAUUUUUCUAUCUACACGAGAUGUUUAGCAACGGCAACCAUUGCCAGCUGGGUUGCAUGCAGGAUGGAACAGUCCUAGGAGAUGUGAUCCUUCCUCCUUGGGCUCAAAGAGAUCCCCAGACUUUCAUCCGUCUGCACAGAGAGGCCCUGGAGUCAGAGCAUGUCAGCUCCCAGCUCCAUCACUGGAUAGAUCUGGUAUUUGGCUAUAAACAGAGAGGGGCUACAGCAAUUCAAGCACUCAACGUUUUCCACCCUUAUUUCUAUGGGUUUCCGGAACACCUGAGCAGCUCUGACCCCUUGAUACGUAGCACUCUGAUUGGAUUCAUCAGCAGCUUUGGGCAGGUUCCUAAGCAGCUUUUCACUAAACCUCACCCCCCACGUCUGGGCAAAGAAUCAGUAGGAGGACACUAUGUUACUCCCUUCUACAGCUCACCAAGCAGCCUGAAGUAUGCUACUAUUACCCCCAGAGCCGGGGCACUUCGGGGAGCAGUGGGGCAGAUGCUGCUGACAGACAAGGGUCUAAUUGCUGUGGAGAAGAAUCAGAUUUUGCUGCCCCCAAACUACAGCACAAGCUUGAGCUGGGGCCAUAAUGAUGGGUCUCUGAGGUUGCACAACCGCAGCACACGGAAGGUUGUAGCAGUAUGGGAGUUUAUGUCACAGUGGGGUUGGUGUCACUCGGUUGUGCAUUCCUCGCCCAGCCUGAUCAUUACAGCCAUGAGCAGCAGUGUACUCUGUGUCUGGGAAAUUUCCCCCCCAGCACACCGGGAACAUGAAUAUGCACUGCAGUUUAAAAAGGUGUUGACAGGCCAUGGCUCAGCUGUGCUCUGUAUAUUUGCCUCGGUACAGUAUGGGGUGCUGAUCAGUGGCUCAGCAGAUGGCUCCUGCAUUAUCUGGGACCUGGACAAACUGUACUGCGUUCGACGACUUCCACCUCACCCUGGAGAAGUGACGUGUGUCGUCAUCAGUGACAGCACGGGUUCUGCAGCUUCCUGCUGCCGCUCGGUUCUCUACGUGUGGACAGUAAGUGGUGAUCCCAUAUCAUGUGUAGACACUGGUUGUGAAAUCUUGAGUUGCUGCUUUGCCGGUUUGAGCAUGAUCAUCACAGGGUCUGAUGACGGAACUGUCAAGUUUUGGAAGAUGGACAGAGCUGGACCACAGGAAGAAAUUGGCCUGGGAGGUGAGAAGUUGGGCACAUCGCUCCAUAUGUUUCAUCAGCUGUCUACAAAUGUUCCAGCUACAGGAAAGCAGCUUCCUGCACCAGUAACUGCUCUGACUGUAUCCAGGAACUUCUCCAAACUCUUCGUUGGUGAUGAACGAGGUGUGAUUACCAGCUGGUACCUUGAUGGCUAAACAGUGGUGGAAUCUGUUUGUUUUUGAUAUCCAGGGAUGAUUUAUGCUUUUUAUUACCUCUGGACAUUGAUAUCUGAAAGUUAAUCACUGCUCUUACAGACAAAAACAAAGUCCAGUUACCUAGAAAUGAUCAUAUUGUUGAACAUCACAAUGUCUAUGUGUUAUUGGUUCUAGAAAUAUUUGUGUGAAUGGAACAAAGUUGAUGUAGUAGAACGAUGAAGACAAAGAACGGCCCAAAUGAGCUUCAGAAAUGUGAAUAUGUAAUGAUUAAUUUAAUAAGGUGCUCAAAGUGGAUUUCAUUGCUUUGUCUGUGUAUCUGAUGAAGAACUUUACGCCAUCAAGAAAUCUUAUACUAGGGCUCUCAUAUUUGUUUUUACAUGAAACCUGUACAGUUAACUUGUGGGACAAAAAGUGACAACGUGAUACUUUAAAGAAUGUUUAUACUUUGAAAAUAAAAUGUUCUAUAUUCUUAA